GGGCUGGGAGGCGUGGGGGAGCCGGGCCCUCCCCUCAGGAACGUGUCCUGGGGCCGACCCGGUCCAUAGUGUGGAAGCAGCUUCAGGUAGGUGAGCUCGUGGAACAAUAUGAAGAGGAGAAAAUAGCCUUUUAAGGAGAUUGGCCCACAGAAAGGAUGGCCUUCUUGGACAAUCCAACUAUCAUUCUAGCUCAUAUUCGACAGUCACAUGUGACCAGUGAUGACACGGGAAUGUGUGAGAUGGUUCUCAUUGACCAUGAUGUUGACCUAGAGAAGAUUCAUCCUCCUUCAAUGCCUGGAGACAGUGUGUCAGAAAUUCAGGGAAGCAAUGGUGAGACUCAGGGCUAUGUAUAUGCCCAGUCAGUUGAUAUUACCUCAAGUUGGGACUUUGGUAUUAGAAGACGCUCAAACACAGCUCAAAGAUUAGAACGACUCCGAAAAGAGAGACAAAACCAGAUCAAAUGCAAAAAUAUUCAGUGGAAAGAAAGAAAUUCUAAGCAAUCAGCCCAGGAGUUAAAGUCACUGUUUGAAAAAAAAUUGCUCAAAGAGAAGCCUCCAAGUUCUGGAAAGCAGUCAAUAUUAUCUGUACGCCUGGAGCAAUGCCCUCUGCAGCUGAAUAACCCCUUUAAUGAGUAUUCCAAAUUUGAUGGCAAGGGUCAUGUAGGUACAACAGCAACCAAGAAGAUUGAUGUCUACCUCCCCUUGCACUCAAGCCAGGACAGACUACUGCCAAUGACUGUGGUGACAAUGGCCAGCGCCAGGGUACAGGACCUGAUUGGACUCAUCUGUUGGCAGUACACAAGCGAGGGACGGGAGCCGAAGCUCAAUGACAAUGUCAGUGCCUACUGCCUGCAUAUUGCUGAGGAUGACGGGGAGGUGGACACUGAUUUCCCCCCACUAGAUUCCAACGAGCCCAUUCAUAAGUUUGGCUUCAGUACUUUGGCCCUGGUUGAAAAGUAUUCAUCUCCUGGUCUGACUUCCAAAGAGUCUCUCUUUGUUCGAAUAAAUGCUGCUCAUGGAUUCUCCCUUAUUCAGGUGGACAACACAAAGGUCACCAUGAAGGAAAUCUUGCUAAAGGCAGUGAAGCGAAGAAAAGGAUCCCAGAAAAUUUCAGGCCCUCAGUACCGCCUGGAGAAGCAGAGUGAGCCCAAUGUUGCCGUUGACCUGGAGAGCACUUUGGAGAGCCAGAGCGCGUGGGAAUUCUGCCUGGUCCGCGAGAACAGUUCAAGGGCAGACGGGGUUUUUGAGGAGGACUCACAAAUUGGCAUAGCUACAGUACAGGAUAUGCUUAGCAGCCACCACUACAAGUCAUUCAAAGUCAGCAUGAUCCACAGACUACGAUUCACAACUGACGUACAGUUAGGUAUCUCUGGAGACAAAGUAGAGAUAGACCCUGUUACGAAUCAGAAGGCCAGCACUAAGUUUUGGAUUAAGCAGAAACCCAUCUCAAUCGAUUCUGACCUGCUCUGUGCCUGUGACCUUGCUGAAGAAAAAAGCCCCAGUCAUGCAAUAUUUAAACUCACGUAUCUAAGCAAUCACGACUAUAAACACCUCUACUUUGAAUCAGAUGCUGCUACUGUCAAUGAAAUCGUGCUCAAGGUUAACUACAUCCUGGAAUCACGAGCGAGCACUGCCCGGCUGACUAUUUUGCUCAAAAACAAAGAAAACUGAACAGACGUACAAGCUUCAGCUUCCAGAAGGAGAAGAAAUCCGGGCAGCAGUUAUACUGGCCUCAACCCUCAGUCUGUUGCUGUGGCCCCAGAGCCUGC